AUGGCUCCAAGACGAGCUUUGCGUGGAUCGUGUGCUGUAUCUGUGUAUUUGGUAGUAUUGAUCUUGGCCUACUUUCAGUACAAAACCUACAUCAACACCACACGAAUGGAGACGGCACUACUCGCGAUAUCCCUCGAAGAAGCAGCUCAUCACAAAGAUGCUUCGUUCAUGUACACAACGCUUUUCAUUCACCCAGAUCGUGAAAAUCCCCCCGGAGACCUUGGGAAACCUGUGAGCAUGAACGUGAACGACAACGAUACCCUACGGCUUGUACGAGAAGGAAUGCAAGCAUUCGGAUACAACAGGUAUGCUUCAGAUCUGAUGUCAGUUCGUAGACGCCUGCCGGAUGUAAGAGAUCCCUGGUGUCGAAACGAAGGUUCUCCAAGCUCCAACCUGCCAGCAACAUCAAUUGUGAUUGUUUUCCACAACGAAGCAUGGUCGGUAUUGGUGCGUACGGUUCACUCGAUUCUUGACCGAACGCCCGAUUAUCUGAUACACGAGAUUCUUCUUGUGGAUGACUACUCAUCGGCAGCUUACUUGAAAACGCGCUUGGACGAUUAUUUCAAGCACCAACCCAAAGUACGCAUUAUUCGAGCACCCAAGAGACUAGGAUUGAUUGUAGCGAAGAUAUUUGGAGCUAAAUCAUCGACUGCAGGUGUGAUAACGUUUCUCGAUGCCCACGUUGAAUGUACGGUUGGAUGGCUCGAACCCUUGCUGGAGGUGGUUGGCAAAAAUUCAACAACCAUAGCCAUUCCGACGAUAGAUCGCAUUGACGAGCGCACUAUGCAGCUGGACAUCGAAUCUGCUCCUCGGUUUGUCGGUGCUUAUCGCUGGGAUCUUAAUUUCGGCUGGUGGGGCAGAUCGGCCAUGAAGAAACGCUACCCAAACGCCUUCGUGCCGUUCGAUACACCUGCAAUGGCUGGUGGGCUUUUUAGCAUCGAUCGUGCAUUCUUCGAAAGGCUCGGUUGGUACGACGAUGGAUUCGAGAUGUACGGCAUCGAGAAUAUUGAGCUUUCGAUGAAGAGCUGGAUGUGUGGAGGACGAAUGGUGAUAGUACCCUGCUCACGAGUAGCGCACAUCCGCAAACAGCAACAUCCGUACCUGCAGUCGGUUGGUAAAGACGUGGUGAUGAAGAAUUCCCUGCGCCUUGCCGAGGUGUGGAUGGACGAGUACAAACAGGUGAUGUUUGACGUGUACGGUGUGCCUCAGUACUUGGAGCGAUAUUUUGGAUCCGUUGACGAUCGCAAAACUCUGCGAGCUAGAGCCGGAUGUGGGAGCUUUCGUGAUUACGUGCUUACGGCUUUCCCGGAGAUGAUGAACCCACUCGUACCAGGAGCUUUCAGGGGCGAGAUGCGAAAUGGUGCUUUUUCGGAAGCGCUCUGUCUAACGCAUCGUUGGAGGAACAUGUCCUUGAGUAUGGAGGUCUGUGAUGGCCAGAAAAAGGAACAAUACUGGACGCACAAUUUCUACCUUGAGCUCAACAAUUACUCCAACUGCAUCGAACCGAUAAGCAAGCUGGAGGAAAACGAAGUACAUAUCAGACGAUGCCACAGAAACGAAGCUACGGGCAGUCAAAGGUGGCAUUAUUUGGUGGCUAGUGGACAGAUAAUAAGCGACAAAGGACGCAAAUGUCUUGCGGUUCGCAAAGGUGGCACCAAUUUGCUGCUGGAAGCAUGUGAUUCUGAAGAACAGCGGCAGAAAUGGCUAGUGAAGUUCAUCGAGCUGGAUGUUUCGAUAUUUCGUUACAAUUAA